ACAGCUACAUAUUCCUUCACAAGUUAGGAAAUUUCCAAAUUUUCAUUUCAAAAUCACCCAGCUUGUGACUUUGUAUUUAGACAAAUUCAUAUCUUGGACCGACUCUCCAUCGUUUUGUCCAAUCAUAAAGUACUACCAUACAAUAUAAGGAACAAAUUAUCAACAGCAAUAUUGAAAGAUCAAAAAACUUCUUCAGCUGAAAACAACCGUGCUAGCUACAACGAGACGUACGUUAAAAAGGGAGAUGAAGCAACAAUCACACUAGUGAGUAGUGACUACUGAGUACUGACUAGUAUACUAUAGGCUAGCCAAACUACCAAAUGGCUAACAGCAAGUUGAUGAGCUCUCGCACUUUGUCGGGCACAUUUCCGAGCCCUGAAACGCCGUUGUGUGGCGUAGGCGGCGAUGAUGAAGAAGGUCCGAGCAUCGGGCUCCCGAAAGGUUGGAGCUCGGAGCGUGUUCCUCGCUCGAGCUAUCGUAGCCGACGAUAUGUAGCAGCAGCGGCAUUGAUGCCAUUUAGUAGUGGGAGGACUUUGCCUUCUAAAUGGGAGGAUGCUGAGAGGUGGAUUUCUAGUCCUGUUAGUUUGGGGAAUAUUUCUACUAAUAGUAAUUAUUGUUAUUAUGGCGGGGCUAGUGCUGGGGAUGGUGCUAGGACUGGCUAUCAAAUAGCCCGGUCCCAAAGGCGGGCUAAAUCUAAGAGUGGCCCGCUAGGCCCGGUUGGGCCGGAGUUUUAUGGUAGUGGUUAUAAUAGUUUCUCCCCUGUGUUGGGGGUAGGGGUGAUUAAUGGUGGGAGAUGGAGAAAUUCGGUUACGAUUGAGCCUUCGGGCUUGGCUUCGGGCCGGUUUGAAGAAAGAUUUGCCAUGGAAGGUGGUGGUGCAAGUGAAGGAGGUAGGAGAUCUUGCCCUGGGCAUGCCACUCAUUGGUUGGACUCAUGGAGCGGGCCGACUAGUCCUACCCAAGUAGGUGAAGUGGUGAAUUUGGCUGAUGAGAAUAAUGAGAGCAUGAACAAUGCUAAUGUUGAUGAACAAGAUAACAGUAGUGGUGAACCUGAGCUUGAUCGUGCUAUUUCAAGAAGGGACAUGGCUACUCAAAUGUUUCCAGAUAGUCAAAGUAGCAGCCCUUGUUCUGCAAUUUCGACCCCAAAAUCUUCAAUUUCUACUACUUCUCCUUGUCCAAUACUCCUAAAUGAUCCCAAAAAGAAUGUUGUUGAAUUUGAAGUCAGGGAUGUGCAAAUGGACAAGCAAGUAAGUGCUACAACGUCUGGACCAUUUCUCAAUGAUGAUAGAGAUUAUCCCUCAAAUUCAAGUGCCGGUAUUGUGCCUACCAACAAAAUCCCCAAGUCCCAAAAAGAAGAAGCCAAGAUAAAUGCAUGGGAAGAUCUGCAGAGAGCUAAAGCUGAAGCAGCUCUUCAAAAACUUGAGGAUAAGCUGGAAAAGAAAAGAGCAUCAUCAAUGGAAAAAAUCAUUAAGAAAUUACAGAGGGCAGAAAUUAAAUCACAAAAGAUGAGAAGCUCAUUAUCUAGUGAUGGUGAUCAGACUAGAAGCCGAAAUAUUUUGAAAACAGCUUCUAAAAUUCCUUCAUUUUGUAAAAAAUUCCGACUGAACUCAUCGACUAGAAGUUGUUCUACUUGCUACCCGUUCUAGAGUUUAUGGAAAAUAGAUGCUAGCAUUAUUUUGUUGUAAAUUAUAAACUAGUUGUUGGAUAUGGGCAAUGUUCAGGGUAAUUUAAUAAGAUAAAAUUGGUGUAUAGUUUGGGACUGA